AUGAGUCAAAAGACAGUCAAAACCGAGUCUAGUUGCUCUUCUCUCCCUAAGCCUGAGUCACCCUCUUCAAUUGUUCCUUAUCCUAGUUUUUCUCCAAUCCCAGUUGUUAAUCGUUAUAGUCCUUUAGGUACCACAACUGGCCAAUUUCGUCCAAAUUAUCAGUCUGCUUUAGUUUCCAGUUAUGAUCCCUUUCAGCUUUCCUCAACUGCUACUCCCAUCUCUUCUUACCCUAAGUCUUCCCCUUAUGUUCAUAAGAGGAGUUCUAAUCUUUUUAUCAUUGAGCCUCAUAUUCCUGAAAUAAUGAGUCCUGCCAUGAUUGCCAAAGAGCAUUUCCCCAGUGUGGUGGGAUCGCUUGAGGUUCCCCAAAUUGCUGAAUAUGUUUACAGAGAUUUUCCUCAAGCACCUGCACCUCAGUUGCCUAAGCAGAAGUCCUCAUCUUCUCAAUCUUCUCAGACCUCCCUCUUCGUCGAAGGAAAGUAUAAAGCUGAGCUCCAAGAUAUUGCACGACAACUGAUGCUCCAAGCCGCUCAAAUGAAUGAUGAUGAGGACAAUGAGUCUUAG